GCAAAGGAAGCGACACGACACGACACGACACGCACGCGAACGGGCAGUCGGGAAGGCGGAGAGAGAAAACCCUCUUCCGCUCAGAUUCAUUCGGUUCGGACCACGCGACGCGACAACCCCGAGGGGCGGGCGGGAGAGAGAGAGAUGAACGGGGCGGAGGAGGCCGCGGCGGGGGGAGGAGGGUCCGGCGGGGGCAGCAGCGGCGCGGGGUCGUCGGGGGGCGGGAGCGGGGGCGGGGCCGCGCGGCGGAGGUUCGACGACAAGGGCCUCGUCGCGCGCACCUCGCUCAUCCUCUGGCACACGCACCAGAACGACGUCGGCGCCGUGCGCAAGCUGCUCGAGGAGGACGCCGCGCUCGUCAACGCCCGCGACUACGACAGCCGCACGCCGCUCCACGUCGCCGCGCUCCACGGCUGGCACGACGUCGCCGAGUGCCUCAUCGCCAACGGCGCCGACGUCAACGCGCAGGACCGCUGGCAGAACACGCCACUAGCUGAUGCAGAGGGUGCAAAGAGGCAGACCAUGAUUGAGCUGCUCAAGGAGCAUGGUGGAUUGACAUAUGGGAAAACUGGAAGCCAUUUUGAACCCAAGACAAUUCCACCACCUCUAACAAACAAGGCUGAUUGGGAGAUUAACCCACUUGAAUUGGACUUCGCAAAAGCAGUUGUGAUCGGAAAGGGCUCUUUCGGUGAAAUUCUGAAAGCAAAUUGGCGAGGAACACCUAUUGCUGUCAAGCGCAUUCUUCCAUCCCUAUCUGAUGACAGGCUGGUGAUCCAAGAUUUUAAGCAUGAAGUCAACUUGCUAAUAAAGCUGAGACAUCCAAAUAUAGUCCAGUUCCUUGGAGCAGUCACAGAAACCAAGCCUCUAAUGCUAGUUACCGAGUUUCUACGAGGAGGUGAUCUUCAUCAAUAUCUGAAGGAGAAAGGUGCACUCAGCCCACUUGCUGCUAUUAAUUUUGCACUAGACAUUGCAAGAGGAAUGGCAUAUCUUCAUAAUGAGCCUAAUGUUGUGAUUCACCGAGACUUAAAACCAAGAAACAUUCUUCUGGUGAAUUCUGCUGCCAACCAUUUGAAAGUUGGAGAUUUUGGUCUUAGCAAGAUCAUCAAAGCUCAGCAUGCCAGUGAUGUAUACAAGAUGACUGGAGAAACGGGAAGCUACCGCUACAUGGCCCCUGAAGUUUUCAAGCACCGGAAAUAUGACAAGAAAGUUGAUAUCUUCUCUUUUGCCAUGAUACUAUAUGAGAUGCUGGAAGGCGAUCCACCUUUCUCCAACUACGAACCUUAUGAGGCUGCUAAGUAUGUUGCAGAAGGGCAUCGCCCAGCUUUCCGUAAAGGACAUACUAAUGAACUGAAGGAUUUGGUUGAGCUAUGUUGGUCUGGGGAUAUCAGUCUGAGACCAUCUUUCUUGGAGAUCCUCAAGAGGCUUGAGAAGCUCAAGGAGCAUUUUUCACACGAGAACCACUGGCAUUUGUUCCAGUAGUAGUGCAUAUAUAUUCAUUACUAAAGGUGGUAUUCUGAAUGGGUUUUCUUGGGAGAUCUGACAUUGAUGAAUGUACAAAAUUAGGUGCCUCAAGAAAGCUCCACUGAGACGGUGAAACUUUCUUGCUGUUUUACUUUGAUGCUAUUUCUGGUAAAGAAAACAGAAACUUUGUUUGUAACCGCAUCGCUUCUUUUAUCGUUAGGUUUUCACUCUGCUUCUCAGCUAUAGUUAUAAAGAGAGAUUGUUUGAUUAGGAA